AUAGCCAGGCGAAGAGAAGUUGCGACAACCCUAAAUUAUCGGCAAGGCAAACAAUGAAUGCACGACGUACGACGACGGCUCGUUCUAGAACGAAAACGCGAAAUUGUUAUUAAAAACUGAGCAAGCGUAGAAUUACGCGCAAGUACCCGGUCACUUAUACUAAUGCAAGUGGCAGUGAACGCCAAGCAACGGCAACAAAUUGCGCGUGAGUUUUAGAUAGCUUCCUGAGUAGCGUCACGUAGACGGCAAGCGACUUGCAAAUCGAUAUUCACACUCACUCACAUACACACACACACACACACACACCUAAACGUACACCCACCAGUACAAACAGUAUGGAAACCACACUAGAAGGCGGCGGCGCUGAUGGCGAAAAUAACAUUUUGCCGCUGCCAGCCAUGUGCCAGGACUCCGCCCGAAGCCCGACCGAUGCCGCAGUAAUGCCCCAGACAGCGACACAGACUAUGAUAAGCAGCGACGCAGCAGUUGCUGCGACGGCGUCGUCGACAAUGGCAAACAACGACAACAAAAAGUCGCAAUUGGAGAGCGAAGAAGGGGCCACAGUGUUGGGCACCGAGCACCAGCACAUGCACAAUAACAACAACAACAACAAUAACAACGAGAACAGUGCUAAAACUAAACAACAACAAAAAGAGCAGCUGUCAGGCGAUGGCAAUGCAAAUACCACAACAACAACAACAACAACAGCAGCAACAGCAAGAACAACAACGAAUUGUGUCAAAGUGACGGCGGCAGCGGCGCCGGCAGCGACAGCCGCCGAUUUGGACAGCAGCAAAACGGCAGAGCGCAAUCACAAGAAGAAGAAAAAAGAUAAGGAACGCGAACGCGAUGACGAUAAGCGACACACAAGCAGCAACAGCAGCAGCGCCAAGGAUCGCGAAACCAACAGCAACAGCCUCAAGAGCAGCAACAGCUCCAGCGGCAGCAAAUCCUACACAACAAAUCGUCACAGCAGCGACCACAAAUCGAGUUCCAGUUCCUCAAGCGCCUCGCGGAGCAAAGACAAAAAGCAACACAGAAGCGAUCGUGAUAGAGAGCGGGAGCGCGAAAGAGAGAAGAUACCAUCGUCAGCGUCGAGCUGCUCAUCGAACUCGCACUCGGAUCGCCGCCGCAGCUCGGACAGCAGUCGCGGCAGCAGCAACAACAACAGCUCCAACAAGCUGCUGGUCAUUAAAGAGGAGAAGGAGCGAGAGAGGGAGAAAGUGUCGAUCGUGGAGUCAAUCAAAGUGGAGGAGCCACAGAAAGAAAGUGGCGCGUUGACGGUACUUAACCACAGCAAAGACAUCAAAACGGAAACCGAAAUCAAAAAGGAGCCGAUGGAAACGAAGCCAUUGGUAAAUGGCGAUGCAUUCAAAACAUUGAUAAAGACACGCGACGAGGUCACGCGACAGCUGAGCUUUGGCGCUGAGGCAGCUAAGCCCAAGGAGAACAGCAGCAGUAAUGGCAGCAGCCAAUCGUCUUCCAUUUUAAUGCCAUCGCCGGCGCCAAAAACAAUCAACAACAACAACAACAACAGCAGCAGCAGCAGCAGCGCCAAUCAUCAUUCCUCCAGCUGCAGCGCGCGCAAAUCCUCGUCCUCCUCCUCCAGCAAUUCGUCGAGCAGCCAUCACAAGACUUCAUCGACUUCCUCGUCAUCGUCCUCCUCGUCACGGCAUUCAUCAUCCUUUUCAUCGCGCGACUGCUCCAAAUGUUAUAAGCGCUCCAAGAUUCGCCGCAGCAGCGUGGGCGUCCAAUGCAUCCAGCAUGCGCCCGCUGCUGGCGCCUGGCAGACCAACUCUUUGCCCAAGCCCAUGGCAAAUCGAAAAGCGCCCGCCGGCCUUGAAAAUCUCAAAUACGGUCAUUACUUUCAAGUGGAACAGUAUCCCAAUGGCGGCGCUUCGGUGGUGCAUCUCUAUCAGCAUGAAAUCGAUGCACUGCCGCCACACGAAAUGGAGGAGCUGGUGGAUGAGUUCUUCAGCGUGUGCUUUGCGGAGGAUGAGCAGGGCUAUGCACACCAUGUGAUGGGCAUUGUGCACGAUGCCGCACGCUAUAUACCAGAUCUGCUCGAGCACAUGGCCGAGAACUAUUCAACGCUGACGGUGAAGGCGGGCGUGCUGGGACGCAACUCGGACAUCGAGACGUGCACGAUGGCCCAAUACAACGAACAGGUGGUGCGUAAUUAUUGCCAGGGCACCUUUCGCUAUGGACCGCUGCAUCAGAUCAGUUUGGUGGGCAAAGUGCACGAGGAGGUGGGCGGCUUUUUUCCGGAUCUCCUGGGACGCAUCGAACAGAAUCCCUUUCUGCGCAAGACAAUGCCCUGGGGUGUGAAUUCCAUACUGCAAACGGAUCCGCGUCAAUCGAACGAUGGACCCAUUCUGUGGAUACGCGCUGGCGAACAGCUGGUGCCCACCGCGGAGCUGAACAGCAAGACGCCCCUCAAGCGACAGCGUACACGCAUUAAUGAGCUGCGCAAUUUGCAGUAUCUGCCGCGUUUGUCGGAGGCACGCGAAACCAUGAUCGAGGAUCGGACCAAGGCGCACGCGGAUCAUGUCGGACAUGGACACGAACGCAUCACGACCGCUGCAGUUGGCAUACUCAAGGCGGUGCACUGUGGACAAUCAUAUGACCAGAAUCGCAUCACCAAGGAUGUGGUCGCCUUUGCCGCUCAGGACUUUAAUACGCUGGUCGAGAUGCUUCAGUUGGAUCUGCACGAGCCGCCCAUUUCGCAGUGCGUGCAGUGGAUCGAGGAUGCCAAAUUGAAUCAGCUGCGCCGCGACGGCAUUCGCUAUGCCCGCAUCCAGCUGUGCGACAAUGACAUCUACUUUCUGCCGCGCAACAUUAUACACCAGUUCCGCACCGUGACGGCUGUGACGAGCAUAGCUUGGCAUCUGCGCUUGCGUCAGUAUUAUCCCGGCCAGGAGGUAAUCAAUGAGCAGAACAAUCCGGUGCUGGCCGAGACGCCGCACUACAAAGAGAAACAAACCAUAUUGCCCCAUCCCAUUGGCCACGAUGAUUCCGGCAAGAAGACGCCCUCGAAACGCGCACAUGACGGAAAGGCCAAACGCAAGCUCAUCGACUUGGAUGGCAAGGAGCGUCACUCCAGUGAAAGCAGCCAGGAUGAUCAUGCCUCCUCGGCAAGUGCCUCGCCCACGCAACAGACCAACAACAAUAACAACAGCAGCGGGAGCGGCAGCGGCGGCAGCAGCGGUACGCCCAAAAAGAAACCGAGCAAAGAUGACUCCAAAAUAGACAUGCGCAAAAUGGUUCUGGAACACAAAUACAAGCUGACCAAAGCGGCGGCCUCGGAGCAUGCCAAGCCAUGCAGCAAGGACAAAGAGAAGUCCAAUCGUGAUAAAGACAAAGAUAAGGAUAAGGAAAAGGAGCGCAGCAAAAAGUCGGAGCAUAAAACGGAUAUGCCAACGCCAGCAAAAAUACCGCGCCUGGCCAACGAAUCAGUGGCAAGUGCUGCGCCUGUCGCCCCACCAGCAGCUGCCACGCCUCUGCCGCCGCCGCCGCCGGCCUUGCUACCGCCGCUGCCGCUAGUGCCUCAGACGCCCUUCAUCCAUCGCGAAGCGUACGUAAAUAGCCUGAAUCAAAAGGAGCCCGAAAUCAAAAUACAGCUCAAAAUGGUAUCCGAUGAGCCCAGCAAAACCGAGAUCGCCAGCUGCACGGCGCCCGUAUCGCCGGCGCCCAAUCCCGUUGAGGAUGUGGCCAACGAGCUGAUUGUGGAGAGCACGCCGCAGCUGGUGGUGGAUCACGAGGAGGAGGUGACAGAGCUGUGCGAGGAAAUAAUUCCACUGGACAUACCUCCACCCGACCCUGCACCAGCUCCAUCGCCGGCAGCCACGCCAGCGCCACCAUUGCCAGUUGUGCGCCUCGCGCAGCCACCCUUGCCAGCAGCAGCAGCUGCUGCCGCCCCACCACCCCAAGUUGUUAAAGUUGUGCUGCCCGCUGCAACGCUGACACCGCUCGUGGGUCGCCUCUCGGCCGUGGUGCUGACGCCGCCCUUGCCGCCCAUGCCAUUGCCACCGCCGCCGCCGCCGCCACCACCACCAGCCAAGAGCCACAACAACAGCCAGAAACCAACUCCAACAACAACAGCAGCAGCAGCAGCAGCAGCAUCAUCAGCCACAACAACAACAGCCAGCAGCACCACCUACAAAACGUUCAAUUUGCCCUCGCACAAGAUCAUUUUAACGGGCAGCAGAGCUGCAGCCAAGGCGACAGCCGUGACGCCAGUCGAUCUGCUCGGCUCCAUUAUGGCCAGCAUGGACAAUAAGCCCAGUAUCACCAGCUCCAGCUCAGGCAGCGCGUCCUCAGCCGCGAGCACUGCCCCCGGCCCCGGCGGCAGCAGCACGGCAACCAACGCGAAUCCAUCGCUCUCCUCCUACGCCAGCUCCAACAACAGCUACUGAGAUUGCGCUGCCAGCAGCCCAGAGGCUUCUCCCGGCGUUGUCCGUCACAUCGCCACAAUAAUUGCAGCUAUAUAGGCAAGAAAAAGAGAAGGUAUUGUUGCAAAUUGUUUAUUAUUAUUAUUAUUUUUUUUUUUUCUUGUAAAUUGUUUCGAUUUGGCCACGUGAUGAGGCCACGUUGUUGGCGUCUAACGCAAGCGGGCGCUUUCACAGUUCGCCCGAAAAUCGUUUAUUGUAUAUAGUUAAAGGGGCGGGGCGUGCCGCCCCUUAUAUAUUAUAUUUGAUAACUGUAGUUGAUUAAGCUCAAAAAUGCUAAAAAUUACUUUUAGACAUGUAGUUUUUUAAUUUAUUACCGCAGGCACAUUAAGAUACACACACACACACACACACACCACACACAACAUUGGCAACUGUUAGAAGAACUUUGAGAUACUUUGGUAGGCGCGUAAAAUAUAUAUAUAUUUAUAUAUAUAAAUCUGUAUAUAAGCAUAAUGUGCGCGCACAUUGGCCGCGUAUUUUUUACAAGUCAAACUAAAGUGCAAAAUGCGCCCAGUUAUAAAUCUUUUAA